AUGGAACCCUUGUCUACCAUUUUAGAAGGAGAAAGGAACUUCUUUAGUGGAACAUAUGCAAGUGAAGAAGCCGAUUUUAUGGCACAGUUACUUGGCAAUUUUUCGGCCAAAGUUCCUAACUUUCAAGACUCUUCGGUCUUUUGGCCACACAACGAACUAACCAUGAACAUUGAUGACAUCAAUGAAGACUCAGUAUCCAUAUAUAAUAACAAAAAUGCCAAAGUUCCUUCUUGGUUUCAAGAAGAUAGUUAUCUAGAUAGUAAUAGUGUUCUGUAUCCCACUUCAAGUGGAGAAAGUUACCCCUCGGUUGCUUGUUCAAUGGGCAGCAGGAAAGGGGGUUCUGUUCAAUCAUUUGAAGAAUUUAACACGUUGGUGCCAAAUUCUAUGAAGCGUUCUUGUAGCGAAGCUGAUGUCCAGGCAAGUUGGAAAAAGCCAAGAUUUAGUGAGAGUCAGAAGGAGUAUAGACAAACUACAAAUAUUACUGACUCAGAUAAUGAAUCAAAUGGAUUGCAAGAUGCGAGUCCAAGACCAAAAGGAGUUGCAAUAAUGCUGAACACAAGUGGCAAGAAAAGAGCAAGUAACGGGUCAGCUACUGAUAGUCAAAGUGUCUAUGCCAAGAAAAGAAGAGAAAAAAUAAACGAAAGGUUAAGAAUAUUACAAACUCUUGUCCCAAAUGGUACAAAGGUUGAUAUAAGCACAAUGCUUGAUGAAGCCGUCCAGUAUGUGAAAUUUUUGCAGCUUCAAAUCAAGCUGUUGAGUUCUGAUGAUCUAUGGAUGUACGCUCCUAUUGCAUACAAUGGAAUGGACCUUGGACUCGACAUAAACCUUCCUUCACCAAGAUGA